AUGGACAAUUUGCGAACCUCUGAACCUUGGUCCCUAAUUCCGGAGACUACCAACAUUAAUUAUCUGAAUGCAGUAAGACGCAAUCUACGUGAUAUCGAUUAUUGCACCCCUUUUAUACAACAAUUGAAGGACAAUAGCAUCGAUAAUGCAACUGAAAUUCUUGCCGUUGACGAGAAGCUACAGGGCACCCUGACUGACUCAGAAAGAUGGGAUCUCAAGCUUUUACGAAAGUUUUAUUGCAACACUGUCAGAGUUAAUGGUUGGGAUUUAGCAAAACGGAGACGAACGUUAAGUUUAUCCCAUGAGCAACAACCACUGCUAUUUGAAGCAUUCCUUAAGAUGGGUACUGAAGGCAUGGAGAAGAAAAUUGUGGAGUAUAAGAACGAAGAGCAUAUUCUGAUUUCUUACAUGGAAGCGUUGGAAACACCACUUUUGCCAGAAGGGCCGCUCUAG